AUGCCUCACUGCCACGACGAACAUGACCACCACGGCCAUUCCCACGACCACGGCGAGCACGAUCACUCAGACGACAUCACACCCGCGCUGCAGUCUUCGCUGUAUGAACAAAUCAACUUUGACGAGAUCACGACGCUCAAUGAGGCGCGUAGAGACGCUGGCAAGUCUAUCGUCAAGAAGACGUGGGCAGAGAGAUUGAGCACCGAGCCGGAGCUGGAGAGCGAUGCCGACGAGCAGCUUCUCAUGACGGUGCCAUUCACAGCCCAAGUCAAGCUACACUCCAUCCUCAUCCGCACAUCACCAUCCCUCUCGGCCCCCAAAACGCUGCAACUCUUCAUCAACCGCGACAACAUCGACUUCUCCGCCGCCGAGGAAUCCACGCCGGUGCAGACGCUGGAGCUCUCGCAGACGUCCGACAUCCAGGAGAUACCCGUCAAGCGCUCGCUGUUUGGGAGCGUGCAGCGGCUGGUGCUCUUCUUCGUGGACAACUUUGGCGAGGGCGACGAGGACGUGUCGCGGAUUAGUUACUUGGGGUUCAAGGGCGAGUGGACGAGGCUGGGGAAGGCGCCGACAAAUAUCAUCUAUGAGGCGGCUGCGCAGCCGGGGGAUCACAAGCUCAAGGGGACGAGUGUGAAUGAGAUGGGAAGCGGGAUUGGAGGGAGGGGGCCCGGG